AUUUAAUUAUGGACUCUACUCAAAAAAUCCAAUUUGACGAAAACCUAUCAGAUGAUCUUCUCAAUGAGAAGGUCACUACUUGUUGAAUCCGGAGUUCAGCAAAGAUUCUUAUUAAUAUGAGUCAGAACUCAUUAACCAACAAGAAAAUUAGAAAAAAUUCUUACAUGAAUGAUAACGCAUUAGUUCAUUUCCAAGAGGGAGAGAAAGAACUUGAAGAGCCACCUCGGCUCGGGUUAAAUAAACAAAAGCUUGUCUCAUCGGAGAACGAAAGAAGAGUAAAAAAUGCUGUGUUCCAAGCUAGUUAUAAAAAAUCGAGCACAUCUCUGAAGCAAGAGAUUAGUAACCUCUUAAAAUACGCAGCUCAGAUAAGAAAUAAAAAGAUGCUGAAGAGCUGUGAUAGCCAGGAAGCUUUCAGAGCAUAUUCAAAGAACACCGUUGAAGACCUUCCCUUGCACAAACGUAUAGUGAGGAAGGAUGCAGAGCCCUCCUAGUGAGUAAUUAUAAAACUUAUCUCUUAAAGUACUUAUGACAAGCCAUGUUUAUUCCUUAUACCGUAAAAAGUAGAAUAACACUUUAAAUAAUUAGCAAACAGAUAUUUAGGAGUAAUUUGAGGAAAUUUUAUGUACACUUCUUGUCAACUUUUUCAUGGAAAAUUAUUAUUUCAUAUAAGAACAGUUUAUUGUUUGCACCAAAACGUGAGCAGCCCAAGAGGCUGUUUUGGGAAUACUGCCACAUAGGAAUGAUGAAAAAAUGUCUUUUAUGCUGUCUAUAUUAUAUGAAGAAAUAUCUGAAGUGCUUAAAACAGAAAAUUAUCUGGCUUUACACUCUGAAAGCUGAUGAAUCUGGCAAUUUUUAUUAUGAAAGUACUCUAAUUUCUUUAUUAUUUUAAAGUUUCAUUUGGUAAGUUUAUUAUGAUUAGACAAAGUCACAGGACUGGUAUGGAAGGCUCUAAUCUCUUUCCUACUACAUUUUAAAGCUCAGAAAUUUAGGAGAGGAAAAAAUUGAAAAUAUGUGAGUAAGUUAAAAAUUUAUACAGUUUACUCUCAUUUUAAUUAUCAUAUUAAUCAAGCGAGUUUUUACGAAUAAAGAUGAGUAUAGACAAGGAAAGAUGAUAGCUAAAAGUUAUGGAAUGAGCUUGAGAAUUCUAUUUAUUAUAAUUCUGUAGAACACUCUCCAUUACCUCUCCUGAUUAUAUCCAUAUGACUCUCUCCAUAUACUACACUUUAUCAAAACUUGAGACUAUCUUUAGUAUGUAAAUCUUCUCAAAACUGGUAUCAACUAAACCACCAGCUUCAUCGAUCCUUCAUUUCUCAGCCCCAAUCCUCUCACCUCUCUUUUCCAUCAUUGCAGCAAGAUUCCCUUUGAUCUUGCACUCUUUCAACUGCUUUUGUUACUAUUUAUCCUUCAUCUCCCAUAUCAUUAUUG